AUGACUUCCUCCAUGUCCAAGAUUCUCAUCUUUGGCGGCACGGGAGGCAUAGGCGAAUCGUUUGCCCGAGCCUUCCACAAAAUGGGCAAACAGGUCAUCAUCACCGGGCGGCGUGAAGAUCGCCUCGCGUCCCUCGCUCGAGAACUCCCGGGCCUCGAGACCUACGCCAUGGACAACCGCGACCUGGCCGCGAUCCCCAGGCACGCCGAGACGUUGCUGUCCACGUACCCGGACAUCGACACCGUGUGGGUCAACGCGGGGAUCCAGUACCAGGGCAGCUUCAAGUCCCUCGAGACGUUCAGCGACGACAAGAUCAUCGACGAAAUCACCGUCAACUUGACGGCGCCCAUCGUGCUCGCGCGACACUUCAUCCCGCACCUGAUCUCUCGUUCGGUCUCGGCCACGACCACGACGACCACGUUCAUGAUGACGUCUUCCGGUAUCGCUUUCGUCCCCGCGGGCUUGUUCCCAGUCUACUCGCCCACCAAGGCAGGCGUGCACUCGUUCAUGGUCGGGCUGCGGCAGUCCCUCAAGGACUACGCCAACUUCAACGUCAUCGAGAUCGUCCCGCCGUACGUCAGGACCGAUUUGGACAUCGCCAACCGCCUGUGGCAUGCCAUCACCCCGAUGGAACUGGACGAGUAUACCAGCGAGACGCUGCGGGUGUUGGAGUCAACCCCGUCCAAGGACAUCAAAGAGGUUGCGGCUGGGACCGCCGUCCCUAGGGUGCAGGCAUGGAGAGAUGCGUUUAAUCCGUUAUUGAGAAUGGGUGGUUGA